UGACCAUGGUACCAUCCAGUAGUGUUGUUCCCUUGGAAAUUUUCUGUAUGAAAUCGACGGACACCUGCACAUAGCUGUAAGAGAAAAAAUGGCAACGGAGGAAGAAGUAUCACCACUACCAGUACCAGCAGCAGCAGUAGCAGAAGAAACUCAAUCAUACAUUCCUCCUCCUCCUUCUCCUCCUCCUCCAUCUUCAUCUUUCCCGGAAGUCGAAUCACCACCUGUAACUACAGAAGAAGGAGAAAGGGGAGGGCAGCUAUUGCCGGAAGAAGAAAAAGGGGUAGGAUGGAAGACUUAUUACAACAGCGCAGGAGAUUUGAAGAGAACCGUUUACGAAUCUACAGAUUCAGCUCUUCGUUCUGCUCGUUCUCUCAAACAAAAUUCUUCAACUCAUCUCCGCACAUUGCAGGAUUUCUUACCACAGCUAAAAUCUCAAUUUCAUUCUUAUGAAGAUGCUUUCUUCACAAAAUUCAAAGAUGAGUUGAUGAGUGCAAAAGAGAAUCCAGCUGUGGCUUCUGGAGUAGCUGUUGCAGCAGGUCUCUUACUUCUGCGAGGCCCAAGGAGGUUUUUGUUUCGAAAUACUUUGGGACGCUUUAGGAGUGAGGAGGCGCUAUACGUUAAAGCCGAGAAAAAUGUAAAGGAACUAAACCUUUCUGUUGAUAUAAUGAAACGAGAGAGUGCGAAACUGCUUGAAAGAUCUGCCCUUGCUGAAAAGGAUAUGAAACGUGGCCGCAAUGAGCUCGUGAAUGCUGGAAGCGACAUUCAAAGGCUUGCUAAGUCGGUUUAUAAGAUUGAAUCUCAAGCUACUGAUUUGAUGGAUGGGCUGCGACAAAUCCCAGGGAGAGAGGCUUUAAAACUCCGAGCAGAAGUUGGCACAAUGGCAUCCCUUAUACAACAGCAGAGGUCUGCUUUGGACAAAAAGAUUUUGAAGAUUUCCGAAUUAGGGGUUUCAGUAUGAACAAUAUGUAAGGUCAGAUCAUUAUCAGUAUAGGUUUUUGUAUAAGUUGAGCAAUAAAAACAACAUACACUUGAGCCUAGGGGUCUGCUUUAUUAUUUUCCUUUAUCCUCUUGGUGAUGUAUAAGUUGUCACAUUGGUUUCUUUUUGUUUUCAACAUUUUAAUGAAUGCUUUGAGAGAGAGAGAAGUGAGCAAAUAGAAAGGAUGUGUCUGAACAUUCCAUCAAAUAUUAAGAUGGUGUAUCAACAAAACCUUUUUUCAACUUGUGUUGGUAAAAUUUUGUUUUCAUUA